AAUGUGUGAAGCCCAUUUCUGGUGUCCCCUGCCGUGAUAUAAACUUAAAUAAAAAAACAUCCAGGGAUUUAUCUAGCUCUUCCCAGAAGCAGAUAUUUGGUCGUUUCUACAGCAAAAUGUUUUAACAUUUAAAUGUAGGAAGUAAGAGCUGUCAUAAUUAUGGUUAAGUUUAAACUUUGGAAAUAACCUUAUUCAUGAGUUAAUUAAUAUAAAUAAUAUCAUUGUUUUCUCUCAAUUUGCCUGUGACAUGCAUUUUGUUUAUUUUCCAACAUAAACAUGUUUAGAAACCCCCGAUACCACGCAUGAGUCUUUCUGCCAUACACUUAUUGUUCACCACUGUUAUCAUGCUUCGAUGAACGCAACAUGUUGAAAGGCGAAAUAACUUGAACUGAUGAAUAAGCAGGCAGCUGAACAUGGAGAAUACAGCAUUAUGAUAACAGGUGUUAGCUAUCAUGGUUAUCUCUGUAUGUGGACCAAUGUGUGCUGGAUGAUAACAGUAUCACAUGGACACACGUGUGAUACUGUGUUAGUACACAGAUUGCUGUCUACAGGCACCUGCAGCACAUCAGUGACAAGUACAAAGCUGAGAAGACAAAUCCCACUGCAGGACUGGGGGACAUAUUUCCUGUCUGAAAAGAGACUGUGAUAUUUGGACGUUGCUGAAAGAGUCCCAACAGCCAUUGUGCCUUCCUUCAGCUGCCUUGUUUCACAUGCCUGGUUUCACCUUCUACUUCCAAUUGUCAUGGAAACUAGUCCCUCAAGGAUGAAGUCACUAGCGUUUUGUUUUUCAUAGAGCUAUGAAAGUCCAACUAGCCAUUUGUUUUAUAAGUAGACACAAAAGGAAAACAUCGUGAUGAGGAAGUAGUUUUUUCUGACUUUUUUAGAGGAAUUAUAUCAAGUGGACGGAAUAAUAGUCAUUCAGAUUCUCUUUGUGUAAUUGUUGCUCAAGUACCAAAGUUCUGUAUUCAGCAGUAAACAAGGAAGUUUCACAGUUUAGUUCUGUGGUGCAGCUUUAUGUCUUUGAGAGACUGAUUGUGAUUCCAUUGAUGCUAAAUUAUAAUAAGGGUUUGAAUUAUUUUGACUUUUCAUCAAUGAAUUGUUAACUGCACUUUUGACCUGUCAAAUUUGUCAUCAAAGAACCUAGUUCUAGUUUGUUAAAGGACCGGUUUAUAUUAUGCAAACUGUUUCCAUGAUGAAUUUGGUUGUGUUGGUGUGUGUGUUGAUGAUGCUGACAAUGGUGUCAGGCUACAAACAUGUCGUCUUCAUGCAUGGCAUUUUGGCUGGACCUUCCGAAUUUGACAAGUUUGCACAGCAGAUCAAAAUCGAUCACCCUGGUACCAACACAACACAGAUCAAUGCUUUUGUGGACGUGUACAGUCUGGAACCGAUGUGGAACCAGGUGGAGAAGAUUCAAAUCUUGUUCACUCAGAUUAUGGCAGACAACCCUGAUGGCAUCCAUCUUGUCUGUUUCUCUCAGGGUGGCUUGGUGUGUCGUGGUCUGAUGUCCAUGCUGCAACACAAUGUGGACACCUUCAUCGGUCUCAGCUGCCCCUUGGCUGGCCAGUAUGGAGACACCGACUACCUCAAGUACCUUUUCCCAAACUAUGUCAAGUCAAAUAUUUACAGAUAUUUCUACACUGACAUGGGGCAAAGAUGGUCUGUUGCAAACUAUUGGUAUGAUCCACAUCAUCAAGAUGAAUACCGCAAGUUCUCCGAAUAUCUGGCCGUCCUCAACAAUGACACUAUUAAUGGACAAAGUCAAACUUUCAAGGAGAACUUCUCUCGUUUGAAGAAGAUGGUGCUUGUUGGGGGUCCAGAUGACGGUGUGAUCACCCCCUGGCAAUCUAGUCAUUUUGGAAUGUACAACGGCAGUGAUGUGGUCCUCCCAAUGCAAGAACAGAGGUGGUACAGAGAGGACAGCUUUGGACUGCGCACACUGUACGAACGGAAGGCAAUUACGACCUUCACCUACAGCGGGAUUCCACAUAUCAAGUGGCACACCAACAUGGAUGUCUACAAGAAGAGUGUGGAACCAUUCCUCACAUAGACUGUGUGGGGAGCGUGAUUGUUGCCUGCGCCUUGUGUCUUGAUGUCUUCAAAAACAGUGAGUGUGGAACCAUUCCUCACAUAGACUGUGUGGGGAGUGUGAUUGUUGCCUGCGCCUUGUGUCUUGAUGUCUACAAAAACAGUGAGUGUGGAACCAUUCCUCACAUAGACUGUGUGGGGAGUGUGAUUGUUGUCUGCGCCUUGUGUCUUGAUGUCUACAAAAACAGUGACUGUGGAACCAUUCCUCACAUGGAUAGUGUGAGGAGUUUGACAGCAAUCUUCACCAUGUGUAUCGAUUUCUACAAGAAGAAUGUGGAACCUUUCCUCACAUGGACAGUGUGUGGAGUUUGACAGCAAUCUUCACCAUGUGUAUCGAUUUCUACAAGAAGAAUGUGGAACCUUUCCUCACAUGGACAGUGUGUGGAGUUUUAUCAUUGCCUUUACCUUGUAUGUCAAUAUGUACAAGUUGAGUGUGUAACAAUACCUCACAUAGUCAGUGUAUGGGAUCUGACGACCUAUUGGUACUGUGUCUAUAUUUAUUGCAGUUGAAAUAUGAAACUAGGAAAAUAUGUUGUCACGUAAGGGACGUGUCGGAUAUUGAUUUUCAAGAGGUAUUCUCUGCAUCACAUGUUUUUACUUUGCUUCUAUUUGAUUGUUUUAUACUGUGAUUUUGUUACAGCUAAACCAUUUUAUCUAAGGUUACGAUAUUUUGAUGUGUGCAAAAUGAAACAUUUUUUCGUGUUUAAGGGACAUUUUCAUACUAAUAAAAAAUACAGCUCAAUUUCAAACAGUUGAAUUAAAGUGCUUGCACACUGUUUUGGUGGGCUGUUUUUGCACUUUAAAACAAGGUUUUCAGUCAAGUAGUAAAUGUGUUGAAAAUCCCUGGAGACUGCAUGUAUUAAGAAGAAUUAACUUGACAAGCGUAAAUUAUUUUAUUGUGUUUUCUGGAACUGAGAUAUUUUUCAUAUCAUAGCAUGUUUUAGUGUAUUUUAUUUAUACUGUGAAUGUUGCUUUUACACGUUUGUAGUAAGUUGAUUUUAAUCAUAAUUUGUCAAUAUUUUUAAUGUGUACAGGAAUUGACAAGUAGCAUGUUUCAUGAGAUAUAUUCAGUCUAAAGCUGUUGAUUUUUUGUUUGAAUUUAAUUGAGAAUUUAAGAGUUUGUUUUAAUCAUACCUGUGGUAGUCACUGAAUUCAGAUCAAUAGUAUAACUAUGACAUUUAUAAUGUUCAUGCAUUAAUCCAAUGCAGAACACUCUUUUAAAAAGAGAUUUCUACAUUGGUGUUAUACAUGCAAAGUUAUUGAUUGUCGAUUGUUGAAUUUUUCCUCUGAUGUUUUUACAAUAAUUUGAUGUGAAGCUUUGUUGCCUAAUUAUUAUGGGUUUUUGUCGACAUUUAAAGAAUGUUUUCCUGCUACAGAGAAGCUCGUUUAAAUCAGAAAGUUAGUAAACAGUGUUAGUAAAAUGAACACAUUUCCAACGGGCACCAUCCAGAAAGAAGAUAUUCUGAAUAAUAGGAUCAAAACAAAUAGAGCUUCACUGUAGAAAGGGUUUCAUCCUUGGAAAGUAAGAGGUACUUCAGUGUCAAAAGAUGUGUCUUCCAAGUGGUGGGCUUUAUGUGAUAUGAAUACCGGUACUAUGCAAUCCAAGGGACAUCACUUGUGUCAGCUAGCCAGGACAACAUGCAGAUUUGUCUCAGGGGCCAAGGAGAGUUUUGAAGAGCAGAGAAUAUCAACCAAUUUUACCAAGCAGAGUAUAGGUCCUGUGCUUCAACAUGUUUCUGGUAUGUUUGGAGGAUAUAUCAGCAAUGUUUCUGGUAUAUAUCUAGGAUAUAUCAGCAAUGUUUCUGGUAUAUAUCUAGGAUAUAUCAGCUAGGUUUGUGAUAUAUAUCUCUGUUAUAUCAGCUAGGUUUCUGGUACAUAUCUAGGUUACUAGGUCAACUAUAUAGCAAGUUGUAUAGGUUUCUGCUAUACAUACUCAUAGAAAUGAAUAAGGGAACACAUGAAAAUACAAGUGUUCCUUUAGUUAUUUCCAGAAUUUCAUCCACAGUGCAAUACAUGCCUUGUAAAGAAACCUGGAAAAGAAUAAAGGAACACUUGUA